AGCUGGAAGCCCACGUCUCCUCUGAAAUUUCUUCUCUCGCUCUCUUCGCUUGCACAAAGCAAACGACACCCGCUCGCUCUGCUCCAACAACCUCUGCAACACCGAACAUAGCAACCUAAAUUCUCGGUCUCCAUAAGUACCUCAAAUGUCCACUUAUCUGUCUUCUUCGUUACCCAACCUCGUCCUCUCCCCUUUCCCGGACCGAAGCAGAACCUCAAACCUUGCUCAAUUCAGUUCCUUCUCUACCCACAAACCGUUUCUUCGUGGGUCGGUCUGCGUCGCUCGUUUUGGGUUCAAACCCGGUCUUUUUCCGGACCCAGAUGGCGCUGCCGACGGCUUGGUUAAGGAUUUGUUUAGCAGAGCUGAGAGUGUUCUUUAUACGAUUGCCGAUGCAGCUGUCUCGAAUUCGGAUAAUGUUACAACUACAACCAAACAGAACAGUGAUUGGCUUUCUGGUAUCACCUAUUAUAUGGAAAGUGUUCUAAAGGUUUUAAAAGAUGGGUUAUCUACUCUGCAUGUUCCUUAUGCUUAUGGGUUCGCAAUUAUACUCCUAACUGUUCUUGUUAAGGCUGCGACUUUCCCUUUGACUAAGAAGCAGGUAGAAUCUACAAUGGCAAUGCGAUCCCUGCAGCCUCAGAUAAAGGCUAUUCAGCAACGAUAUGCUGGAGAUCAGGAGAGAAUUCAACUUGAGACAGCCAGAUUGUAUAAACUAGCCGGCAUAAACCCGUUUGCAGGGUGCCUACCUACUCUAGCGACAAUACCAGUAUGGAUUGGACUAUAUAGAGCCCUUUCAAAUGUAGCGGAUGAAGGACUUCUUACUGAAGGCUUCUUUUGGAUACCCUCCCUUGCUGGUCCAACUACAAUUGCUGCUCGUCAAAAUGGCAGUGGCAUUUCUUGGCUGUUCCCUUUUGUUGAUGGACAUCCGCCUCUUGGGUGGUCUGAUACCUUGGCAUAUCUUGUCUUGCCUGUGUUGCUGGUAGUUUCACAAUACAUUUCUGUUCAAAUCAUGCAAUCAUCACAGAGUAAUGAUCCAAAUAUGAAGAGUUCUCAAGCGGUAACAAAGCUCUUGCCACUAAUGAUUGGUUAUUUUUCUCUUUCAGUUCCCUCUGGUCUGAGCCUUUAUUGGUUCACAAAUAACAUAUUGAGCACAGCACAACAGGUGUGGCUUCAGAAGUUAGGGGGUGCAAAGAAUCCUGUGAUCCCAGAAGAUCAACUUUCGGUUCAGAAAUCAGUCCCUGAAUUGGAUUCGACAAAAUAUAAGGCUGAACAAGUUGAGAAGUUGACACCAGAAGGGCUACGUCCUGGUGAAAGAUUUAAACAGCUAAAGGAGCAAGAGGCCAAAAGAAGACAACAAAGAGAAGAAGAGAAGAGAAAAGCGGAAGAGGCUGCUGCAAAAAUAAAUCCACUACCAAAUGGUAGUCCUGGAUAUGCAUCUGAGAGGGAAAAUGGGGUGAGUUUGGCUGUUACUGAUGUAUCGGAGAAGUCUGCAAACAGCAUUAGCAAUUCCUCUACCAUUGGAGUUGUAAAUGGUGAUUUAUCUGGGCAGAACCUUAAGAAAGAUGAGAAGACGACGUCCAUGUUUAGCACGGAAAAAGGUGAAGUUUCUGAUCUUGAGGCCUCUGGAAUCAGUGAACAUCAGGCCUAUGAAAAUAAACAACAGGAGGUAGUUGAAGUACAUGGUAGCACAACAACAGACAGCAAACAUUCUGAAGAAGACAUGCAUCAAGUCACAAGGGACUGAUGGAAGACAGGGACACCAUUAUAAUGGUACUCAAAAUUGAAUGACACUUACAGGUAGAAUGUGGAGAGCAAGCUUUUGUAUUGUACUUGGUAAAAGGAGCAUGACCAAGCAGCCUCACUUGCAUAUCUGGUACUGAGGUUGAUUUUGUGAUUGGUGAGUUUGCUGCGGUGUACUGUGUGCAGCAUUUACUGAGGUGGAAUGUGGACGAUACAGAUUUUUGGUGGAUAUUUACCAGGUUUUAUUUGUAAGUGGUCCAAUCCCUCUAGAUUUUCAGUAGCAAAAUUCACUGUACAAGCAGAAAAGUAGGAGUUUUGCUGCUUUUUUUUUCUCCUCAUCUUUUAGCAGAAAAGAAAUAAUGAAUUAUGUGGAGAAAUCCCACAAAAUACUGUUUACACUUAUUCUUUUACAGGAAUACCAGGCAGAAGUUGUUACAUUGUAAUUGAUACUUUGAUAGUUGACUUUGGUGCAUGUCAUAUAUGAAGUUGACUGUUCUUUUUUGGUGAA